UCCUUCACGUACUCCUAAGUAACCAGUCGGAAUGAGGGGCAGCUGUUGCUUUGGAGUAGCUGGGUACCCGCCGCCUUUCCCGGGAACGAGACUGAGCAGACACACCGGGCGCUUCCGGUGGGAGUCACGAGGCAGCGCCGGCGCCGCUCGCAGCAUUGCGCAUGCGCUGGAGGCUGUGGCUCCAGGAGGGGCGGGCAAGGCAGACAUGGCUGCGGCCGAGCGAGUGCCCGGCAGGAGCUGCUUCGCAGAGGCCACGGAGUGUGUCCUACCUAUGCUGCUGGUGCCGGUGCCCGCAGAGGCGACGAGGCUGCUGGGCCCCCGGGCGCAGCUGCACAGAGAGCAGGAGGCCCUCGGGAGUCUGACGUGUGCGGGCAGCCUUCAAGUGCUUUCCUUGAUGCCCGGCGGCCGGGGCGGGGGCUGCUGCUGUCUCGAGGGCCCCUACCAGCAGUUUAUGUGGGAGGAUUCUGAUAGCAGCACACCAACACACAGUCCCAAACUGCUUGCUCUUAGUGAAAAUUAUGAGCUCCUUAUCUACGAAUUUGAUUUGAAAGAUGGAAGAUGUGACACAGCUGUAUUGCACAGCUGUAGUGGGAAGACUCUGCAGAAGCUCAUUGAAGAUCAAGAUAUCAGUCUUUCCUUACUGUCUUUGAGAAUUCUGUCAUUUCACAAUAACACAUCAUUAUUAUUCAUCAACAAAUGUGUCAUCCUACAUGUUGUAUUUCCUGAGAAAGACGCUGAGAUUAGAGUGCUCAGCUGUUUCACGUUACCCUUACCUGCACAAACAGUGGACACUGUCAUUGACUGCCAGCUCUGCAGAGGAAUUCUUUUUGUUUUGAGUAGUUUAAACUGGAUCUAUAUUUUUGACACUGUGGAUGGCACACAUGUGGCUAAUGUAGAUUUGGCACUUCACCAAGAAGAUAUAUACAAUGAGCAGCAGCAGGAGCCAGUCAAGAUUUCUUCCUUUUCCUCACUGAAAGUGUCUCAAGACCUAGAUGUUAUAGUGAUUGUCAGCUCUUCCAAUUCAGCAAUUGCUGUUAACUUAAAUUUAUAUUUCAGGCAACACCCAGGAUACUUACUCUGUGAAAGAACACCGGAAGAUCUUCCUAUUCAAGGACCUACGGGGAUAGAUGAGGAUGAUCCUGUUAACUCUGUCCACAGCAUGAAACUGACCAAGUUUUCCUUCCAGGUUGACAGAUCUUGGAAUGCUCAGCUGUUAUCAUUGAAUGAAACAAUAAAGAGCUCCACACAGGAGAUUUCUUGUGCUCCAUGGUUUCGGGAUAUCUUGCAUUUAGAGUCCCCUGAAUCUGGUGAUCAUGGUACCAGUGUGCUGAGCUGGGGACAGUGUAAUCUUCCACAGAAAGAUCAUGCCAAGACAAGUGAUCCUGGAAGGUCCUGGAAGAUAAUGCACCUUAGUGAACAAGACAAACCGGCAGACCUCAAAUGUGUGUCUGUGACAGGAUUCACUGCCCUGUUCACUUGGGCAGUGGAAAUGGGUGACUACACCAUUCUCCUCUGGGAUUUGGAGACCCAGGAUUUGCAGUGUUUCUCCCUUGGCCAGAAGUGUAUUCCUGUAGACAGUAGUGGAGACCAGCAGCUAUGCUUUGUUUUGACAGAAAAUGGACUCUCUUUGAUUUUGUUUGGUUUGACUCAAGAGGAAUUUUUAAACAGACUGAUGAUCCAUGGAAGUGCCAGCAUCGUGGACUCUCUCUGUCACCUGAAUGGGUGGGGGAGAUGCUCAAUUCCCAUACAUGCACUAGAGGCUGGAAUAGAAAACCGUCAGCUUGACACUGUAGAUUUCUUCUUGAAGAGCAAAAGAAAUCUUUUUACUGAAUCUUCAAAAUCUUCUAUACCUGAUCGAUUUAAUGACUUUCCAACCCAGUUAUAUUUAAGAAAUGUCGAAGAGCUGACACCAGCGUUGGAUUUACUUUGUUCAGCAAUUAAAGAAAAUUAUUCUGAAACCCAAAGCAAACACUUUUCAGAACAAUUGCUUACUCUCACUCUAUCUUUCCUUAACAAGCAAAUAAAGGAGCUUUUUAUUUACACUGAAGAGCUAGAUGAACAUCUUCAGAAAGGAGUGAACAUUUUGACCAGCUACAUUAAUGAGCUUCGCACUUUCAUGAUAAAGUUUCCUUGGAAGCUAGCAGAUGCUGCAGAUGAAUGUAAUGUGAUUGAAAAUAUCUCCACAGUAAAGGAGACUGCUGUUUGGGAGAAGCUCAGCUUUGAGGAAGUUAUUGCCAAUGCCAUUUUAAACAAUAAAAUACCAGAGGCACAGACCUUCUUCAGGAUGACCAACCAUUCUGCUCAAAGUCUUGAGGAAUUGAUUAAGAUCGGCCUAGAUUUGGUCUUUGUCAAUUUAAAAAAGAACAAUAUAAAGGAAGCUUCGGAGCUUUUGAAGAACAUGGGCUUUGAUGUAAAAGACCAGCUGCUCAAGAUAUGCUUCUAUACAACUGAUAAAAAUAUUCGCAACUUUUUGGUUGAAAUUUUAAAAGAAAAAAAUUAUCUUUCUGAAAAAGAGAAAAGAACUAUAGACUUCGUGCAACAAGUUGAAAAGUUUUAUUUGGGAGACUUCCAAGAAAAGAUGCAGAUCCAGUCCUUUCCCAGGUAUUGGAUAAAGGAACAAGAAUUUUUCAAGUACAAAUCUGUUUUGGACUCAUUCCUCAACUGUGAUCAUAAAGAUGAGUUUAAUAAACAGGAUCAUAAAAUUGCAUUAAACUGGGCUCAGUGGUGGGAUCAGCCAACACGAGAAUACAUCCUUCUCCCCAGGAUAAGUCCAGAAGAUUAUAAAUCAUAUUCCCCUGAAACCCUCUGGAGGUACCUAACAACUCAUCAUGAUUGGUUAAACAUUACCUUGUGGAUUGGAGAAUUUCAGACCCAGAAGAAUUAUGUGUCUCUUCAGCAGAACAAAUGGCCCCCUCUGACUGUUGACGUUAUCGAUCAGAAUACUUGCUGCAACCACUACAUGAGGAAUGCAAUUUUAGAUAAGCUAGCCAGGAAUGGGAUUUUUCUUACAUCUGAACUAGAAAACUUUGAACUUUUCCUCCUACGAUUGAGUCGAAUUGGGGGUGUGAUGCAAGAUAACCUCCCUGUUCAAAACUACAAGACCAAAGCGGGCUGGGAUUUCCAUUCUCACUUCAUUCUCUACUGUUUAGAACAUGGUCUGCAGCACCUUCUUUAUGUCUAUCUUGACUACCACAAACUCAGUCCUGAAAAUUGUCCUUUUUUGGAAAAGAAAGAAUUAUAUGAAGCUCACCCUUGGUUUGAAUUUUUAGUUCAGUGUCGACAAGUUUCCAGUAAUUUGUCAGAUCCCAAACUGAUCUUCCAGGCUAGCCUCGCGAAUGCUCAGAUUUUGAUUCCCACCAAUCAGGCCAGUGUAAGCAGUAUGCUAUUGGAAGGACAUACCCUCCUGGCCCUCGCUACUACAAUGUAUGCUCCUGGGGGUGCCAGCCAGGUUGUUCAGAGUGAAGAAAAUGAGAACUGUUUAAAGAAAGUGGAUUCCCAACUACUGAGGAUGGCCUUAGCCCCUUACCCAAAGCUGAAAGCCGCUCUCUUCCCACAGUGCACCGCUCCUAGUGUGCUGCCACCCGAUAUCACGCUCUACCACCUCAUUCAGUCAUUAUCACCCUUUGAUCCUAGCAAAUUGUUUGGCUGGCAGUCUGCCAAUACGCUAGCAAUAGGAGAUGCGCUGAGCCAUCUCCCACAUUUCUCUAGCCCUGGUCUGGUAAACAGAUACGCCGUGGUGGAACGCCUGAACUUCGUUUACUAUUUACAACAUGGGCGCCCAUCAUUUGCAUUUGGGACUUUUCUGGUCCAGGAAUUGAUCAAAAGCAAGACUCCCAAGAAGCUGAUCGAGCAAGCAGGCAAGGAAGCCUACGUCUUAGGGCUCUCUUCUUUCCACAUACCUUCCAUAGGAGCUGCCUGUGUGUGUUUCCUAGAAUUGCUAGGCCUUGACAGCCUCAAGCUCAGAGUUGACAUGAAAGCGGCCAAUAUAAUUUUGAGCUACAAGUGUAGAAAAGAAGAUGCUCAGUACAGCUUUAUCCGAGAGUCUUUAGCUGAGAAACUAUCUAGACUGGCAGCUGAUGACAAGGCAACCUCAGAAGAAUUGCUUGUUCUCUUAGAAGAAGGUACAUGGAAUAGCAUUCAGCACCAGGAAAUCAAGAGGUUAUCCAGUGAAUCCGAGAGCCAGUGGGCAUUAGUGGUGCAGUUUGGCAGGCUCCACAAUCUGAAACUGAGCACGUCCUACCUUCUAGAGUGUGCCAAAGCGAAUGACUGGCUUCAGUUCCUUAUUCAUAGCCAGCUCCAUAACUACCACCUGGAGGAGGUGAAACCCCUUCUUCAGUGCUUCAGCCCGGUCCUGCAAGACCACUUACAGCUGGCUUUUGAAAACUUGCCCUCAGUGAGCACUGAUCAAGUCAAUGCCGAGUCCCUUCAGGAACCCCAGAGAAACAAAGCAGAGAUGACUAAUUUCUUUGAAGUUCUGCUCCAGUGCUCAGAGCAAGCAGACUCCUGGCACUGGCUGCUGACUGAGGCAGUGAGACAAAAGGCCCCUGUCCUCAGUAUCCUGGCUUCCUGCCUCCAGGAUGCUAGUGCUGUUUCCUGUCUCUGUGUUUGGCUCAUUACCUCUGUGGAGGACAGUGUUGCUGCUGAAGUAAUGGGACAUGUUCGAGACUUGACAGAAGGCCAUCCCUGGGACCUUGAGGACCUUUCUGUCAUCUGGAGAACAUUAUUAACAAGGCAGAAGAGCAGAACUCUUAUCCAAGGUUUCCAGCUUUUCUUUAAGGAUUGUCCAUUACUAUUGGUAAUGGAAGUAUAUGAAUUGUGCAUGUUCUACAAGAAUUACAAGGAAGCCAAAGCCAAACUUCAGGAAUUCCAGAAGAGCCUUGAAGCUCUUGACACAGCAACUACAAGGGUCCACCCUGUGCUUCCUGCCCUGUGGCUGAGGGACCAAGUGUGUUUCCUAUUAAAGCUUAUGCCACAGCAGUGUCAGACGCAGUAUGAGCUGGGGAAGCUCUUACAGCUGUUUGUUGGAGCAGAGCAUCUCUUCUCAGACGAUCCAGAUGUAAAGAAGCUGUGUGUCCUUAGCCAGAUUUUGAAGGAUACAUCCAUACCCAUUAAUCAUACAGUUAUUACCAGCUACAGCAUUGAAAGUUUUCAGCAUGAAUGUAGAUCUAUUUUGGAAAGACUGCAGACAGAUGGACAGUUUGCUUUGGCAAGGAGAAUAGCCGAAUUAGCUGAGUUACCUGUGGACAACUUGGUUAUUGAAGAGAUAACACAGGAAAUGCAGGUACUAAAGCACAACAAACAGUGGUCCCUGGAACAAGCAAGACUUGACUUCUGGAAAAAAUGCCAUGAGAAUUUCAAGAAGAAUUCCAUUUCAAACCAAGCAGCUUCUUCCUUUUUCUCCUCCCAGGCCCGUGUGGCCUCUGAGUGCCCAGCUGGAAGAGGCAGCACUGAGGAGCGCCAUCUGCUGCUCACCCUGGCUGGGCACUGGCUUGCGCAGGAGGACCCAGUGCCCUUGGACAAGCUAGAGGAGCUGGAGGAGCAGCUCUGGGUCUGCCGUAUCACCCAGCACACCCUCCGAGGGCAGCAGCAGGAAGCAGAGCCCAGAUUUUCUCAACAGAUCUCAGCUGGUGGUGAACUUUCCUUUGAUAACUUAGCCAGUGAGUUUUCCUUCUCCAGGUUGGCUGUUCUGAACACACCUAAAUACUUGGAACUCACUGGCCUUCCGUCCAGAGAGACGUGUGAAAGUAAGCUCGACAGGAAGGAGCAGGAAUCACUGCACUUUCUGAUUGGGUGCCUGCUGGACGAUGGACGAGUGCACGAGGCAAGCAGAGUGUGCCGGUAUUUUCACUUCUACAACCGAGAUGUUGCCUUGGUGCUGCACUGCCGAGCCUUGGCCUCAGGGGAGGCAGGUGUGGAUGACCUGCACCCGGAGAUCCGUGCUCUUCUGCGCAGUGCUGAGCUGCUUGAGGAAGAAGAGGAGCCUGGUGCUCUCAGGAAAGGCCAAAGCACUUCAAGUUUGGAUAGUCAGUCAUUUGUGAUGAUGCCCCCAAGUGAUGAAGUGGUGACAAAUCUGGAAACUCUGACAAGCAGAUGCCUUUAUGGGAAGAACUACUGCCGGCAGAUCCUCUGCCUGUAUGAGCUCGCCAAGGAGUUGGGCUGUUCCUACACAGAGGUUGCUACCCAGGAUGGCAAGGCCCUGCUCCACGCGAUCCUGGCCUCCCAGCAGCCUGACCGGUGCAGACGGGCCCAGGCCUUCAUCAGUACACAGAGCCUCCCUCCAGACACUGUGGCUGAGCUUGUGGCUGACGAGGUGAUGCAGGAGCUGCUGACCCCAUCCGAGGGAACAGGAGGACAUAAGCAGCUGUUCAGCCCAGCAGAAGAAAGCCAGACGUUUCUUCAGCUGACAGCUCUGUGUCAAGACCACACCUUGGUUGGGAUGAAGUUGCUGGAUAAGAUUUCUUGUGUUCCUCACGGGGAGCUGUCCUGCACCACAGAGCUCCUGAUCCUGGCUCAUCACUGCUUCACCAUGACGUGCCACAUGGAGGGCAUCAUGCAAGUCCUGCAGGCCGCCCGGAUGCUAACGGACAACCACUUGGCUCCCAACGAGGAGUACGGGCUGGCGGUCCGGCUCCUCACUGGCAUUGGAAGGUACAACGAGAUGACGUACAUAUUUGAUUUGCUGCAUCAGAAACACUACUUCGAAGUGCUGAUGAGGAAGAAGCUGGAUCCGAGUGGGACCCUGAAGACAGCCCUACUGGACUACAUCAAACGCUGCCGUCCUGGGGACAGUGAGAAGCAUAACAUGAUUGCCCUGUGCUUCAGUAUGUGCCGAGAAAUCGGGGAGAACCAUGAGGCAGCUGCCCGUAUUCAACUGAAGUUGAUUGAGUGUCAGGCCUGGGAGGACAACCUUAAGGAUGGGCAGCAGCUGAAGCAGCUGCUGUUGAAGGCCCUGACCCUGAUGCUGGAUGCAGCCGAGAGUUACGCCAAGGACUCCUGUGUGCGACAGGCCCUGCACUGUCACCGGCUCACCAAGUUGAUAACACUACAGAUCCACUUUCUGAACACUGGCCACAAUACAAUGGUCAUCAACUUAGCCCGCCAUAAGCUGAUGGACUGUAUUACGGCCCUGCCUCGGUUUUACCAGGCAUCUAUUGUAGCUGAGGCCUAUGACUUUGUUCCAGAUUGGGCUGAAAUUCUGUACCAACAAGUGAUUCUUAAAGGAGACUUUAAUUACUUGGAAGAAUUUAAGCAGCAAAGAUUAUUAAGACCCAGUGUAUUUGAAGAGAUUUCAAAAAAAUAUAAACAACAUCAGCCUACUGACAUGGUCACAGAAAACCUGAAGAAGUUACUCUCGUACUGUGAAGAUAUCUACUUGUAUUACAAGUUGGCAUAUGAACACAAAUUUUACGAAAUUGUAAAUGUGCUUCUAAAGGACCCUCAAACAGGUUGCUGUCUAAAGGACAUGCUUGCAGGUUAGAUUACUUCAGAGAUGCCUGUGGCCUUGUAAUGACAGGAGGUUCUGACAGAUGUCCAUUAUCGAGAGUAGAAUGCACUGGGCAGCUUAUGGUCUGAGUUGGGAAAGCCCAAAAAUAUACCAUCUCGGUCCUUUGUGGGUAGUGGAUAUUGAAGGAGAAUUUUCAGCAGGAAAUUCCUAUUUGGAAGUGACUGCUCAUCUACACCAUUUUACACGGAUGCUGUUGUUAAAAGCUUCCUCAGAAUGAUUGCUGCAUUGGGAGGUAAUGCAAUGAUUAAAGGAUACCUGUGCCUGCAGAUUCCAGUUUCAAAGAAAUUUAAUAUUAUUUACACAGUUAAGGAACAGGUGAUACAUUUUCAUUUGUUAGAAACUGAUCUUUCUAUAAUAAAAUAGAUUUUAAAUUCA